GGCUCUGAAGUGAAGUGAAGACGGAAUAUUCUCGGAGUGGCGAGAAGGGAGAGAGGGGCAGAGCAAAGCCCAACAAUGGCGGCUGCUAUUGCCGUUUCUUCCCCAAAAUCGAGUCUUUUGCAGAACUCAGCAUCCUUCAGAGAUCAAAGUUCAAGCUUUCUCGAUGGACAAUUCAAGGGUCUCUCUCUGCAGCUGAAACCAGCGAGAGGAGGAAGAAGCAAGAACAGGGGAGCUAGUACCAGUUUGGUGGUCGCUUCGGCCGCCGCUGAUGCUGCUGCAGUUAGCAACAAGAAAAGCGGCAGGUUUUAUCUCAACUUCACAGGGUUCCCUUUCCCUCUUGGCCCUUUCCUCGAAAGGCGGACCAUUCGAACUGAGGCUGUGAAGGGCAGCAUAUGGCUAUUCGAACAGGAGCAGGCAUUGGGCUUCAGCAGUGUCUCCACAAACAUCAGAAUGACAGUUAUCAAGCUCAAAUCAGGAGGGUUGUGGGUCCAUGCACCGAUUGCUCCUACCAAGGAGUGCAUUCAGCUGGUGAAGGAGUUGGGGGCUCCAGUCGAGUAUAUAGUGCUUCCAACAUUUGCAUAUGAGCACAAAAUAUUUGUUGGACCAUUCUCAAGAAAAUUCCCCAAGGCCCGGAUAUGGGUGGCCCCGAGGCAGUGGAGCUGGCCCUUGAAUUUGCCUCUCGAGUUCUUCGGAGUAUUUCGUGCCAAAACCUUGAAAGACCAGGAUUCGUCGACCCCUUGGGCAGAUGAGAUAGAACAGAAAGUACUAAGUUCACCAGAAGUUGGAAUCGGGCCGUAUGUGGAGGUUGCUUUUUACCACAAAAAAACGAGAACAUUGCUCGUAACAGAUGCUGUAAUUUUUGUCCCGAGAAAGCCACCAGAAUGUAUUAGCGCAGAGUCCUUACUAGCAUCAGCGAAAAAUGGUUUAGCUGUGAAGAUUCUUAGCAAAGGAAAGGAAGUUCCCCAGGAACCUGUCAUAGACAACCCAAUGAACCGCCAAAAAGGAUGGGAGAGAAUGGUUCUCCAGAUCUUGUUUCUUGGCCCCUCGAAUCUGCUGGAACCAAAUGCUAGCUUUUCGCAAAUGUCACAGAAGCUUAUCGUUUCCCCGAUUGUGAAAACCCUGGUUUUCAGCAAAGUUCCUGAAAAGGUAAGAGAUUGGAUUGACAGUAUAGCUCGAGACUGGAGAUUCAAGAGAAUAAUCCCGGCCCAUUUUGCUGCCCCGAUAAAUGCUGGAAGGUCCGAUUUCUUAGCGGCAUUCGCAUUUCUGGACGAUCUUUUGGGCGAGAGAUACGUGACUCGUCCAUCAUUCUCUCUCCUGUUCACAUCUCUUCUUGGAAAGGCUGCGAGCUACUUCCCACCUGAUGACAUGAAGACCCUAUCGUCUCUUGACCAGUUUUUGGUGUCUGUAGGGGCAGUGAAGAAGACGGUAUCGGGGAGGAAAAGAAAUUGAUGGCCCGUAUAGGAUUUGUGAUUACGCAGUCAGUUGGAUAACAGGAAAAGAUCCCAUGUUCGAGAUAUAGUGGUUAUGCUUUCUAUGACUAUUCGACUCCAGUUGGUUUCUUUUCCCGUAUGAUGUAGUGUCUUCUAAUGCUUCCAAUGUUGUGUGAUCAUAAGACUUUUCAAGGAUGUCAACUACCGAUAGACGAACCAUGUGUACUCAUGUUAUAGCACAUGCCGAGAAGUUGGAUUUGAAUCCAAGAUCUUUGUACUU